ACUCGCCCCCUCUGCCUCUCAGAGCAGGAAUGUGGAAACAGACUCCAGUCAGUCAGCGCCGCACGUUUCUGCACCGCGCAGGAGUGAAUAAUUGAUCUUUGCCUCGGUUAAAUAUAUUGAUGAGGAGGAAGUGAUUUGUGAACGGAUUCUGCGGCCACUUUUCGGAUUUACAUUCUCAGGUCGAACGCAUUUCUCGGUCUCUCUUCUUUUUUUCCCCCCUCGACUGAAGAAAAGUUUGCUUUGAGCCCUGAACACAGCUGGAGCCAGCCGAUGGAAAUAUAAACUCUCAGUGUCUACCGAGCGCCCCUUAUUCCGGAGCUCUCCGAACAUGGACCCGGAGUCACUGAGCAGGUGAAGGCUGCUGGUGUUAAAUGCUCACUGCAAGGCUUCCCACAACACAGUGCCUGCUCAUAUAACUGCUGUUUAUCCAGUGAAUGUGUGUGAACUGUUGGCAGACUGUUUACCAUGGCGUCUAGUCUGACAUGUACGGGUGUUAUCUGGACCCUGCUGUCCCUGCUGUGUGCCGCUGCCUCCUGCGUUGGUUUCUUCAUGCCCUACUGGCUGCUGGGAACACAGAUGGACAAGCCUGUGUCCUUUGGAACGUUUCGGCGCUGCUCCUACCCGGUGAGGGACGAGGAGAAGCAGGCCACGGUGAUGCUGGAGCAGUGUGGCCGCUACGCCUCCUUCAAUGGCAUCCCCAGUCUGGAGUGGAGGAUCUGCACAGUGGUGACGGGGGUGGGAUGUGGCCUCCUCCUGCUGGUGGCCCUCACAGCUCUCAUGGGAUGCUGCAUCUCUGACCUCAUCUCACGUACAAUUGGUCGCGUGGCUGGAGGCAUCCAGUUUGUUGGAGAGUUCACUAUGAGCAAGUUGUUCCAGAGCUAG